UCUUAUCAGUUUGUCCUAUAAAAAGAGGAUGAGCGGUGCGACCCCGCAGAUGCAGAGUUGACGGCUUCCCAAAGCCACCGACCGAGUCGUCUCUAAUGUUAUCAGACCGAUGUUUUCAGGAAAACUUGGAGAACAUCUUCCUUGCUGCUUCUUGAAAAUUGAGCGAUCGAAUGCAGAGAGGGAAAGAGAGAGUCAGCUGGUUGACCGCCCAGUUAGGUCAUUUCUUUCUCUGUUUCCGCUCACGUGGACCAGCUGCAGCUGGAAUUGGCUUAGUUUCUGGAAGCGAUAUCGCAUCAGUCCAUUGGACAUGUCCCGCAACACAUCGCGUGUUGACGAUGUUUCUGCGAGUUCUGGCGAGUCUUGCGAUGCCACACAGACUGGGAAGUGAAUUCCAACGAUGCAAUCAGCCAGCCAGCCUGGUUUCUCCACCAAUGACGUUUCUUCUGUCUCUAAUCCGCACUGUCAAAGCCCGUCGGCUAUCGACAUUCCCCAACUCGGGCGGAAUCCACCGCCUCCCCCAUCUUUUGAACGCUUAUCAGCUCUCUCGGACUUGAAGCCGAUCAUCAACUUCUCCAGUUCUUUCCUGCUCGGUUACUAAAAUGGGGGUCUAGGCAUAGCAAGGCCUCACCCAAUUUGCUUGGUCCGGCCACUGCAUGCCGCCCCAACUCUCACUCCUGGGCUACUCUGCUU